GUGAUUUAAAAACGCCAUCUCUUAACUUCCUCCUCCAAACUUAUUUGUUUCCGAAAUUUGCCCACGAUGAUUUUGCUUGAAAUAAGCAACCGUAUAGUAGAAGAAACACUGAUACUUAAAUUCAGUAAUGCUUUAGAUGGAGCAAAACCUGAAAAUGUUGAUAUAACUGUAGCAGAUUUUGAUGGCGUGCUCUAUCACAUUGCAAAUGUGGACCAGGACAAGACCAAACUGAUGGUGAGCAUUUCCCUCAAGUUCUACAAGGACCUUCAAGAACAUGGUGCUGAUGAUCUGAUUAAGCGAGAAUAUGGCUCCUACCUGACAACUCCAGAAUCAGGAUACAGUGUUUCCCUGCUGUAUAACCUGGAGAAACCUCCCGAAGAUUUCGAAGAGCAGGCCCACAAGGCAGCACUGCUGAAACGAAACUGUUUUGCCUCCGUGUUUGAGAAGUAUUUUGAGUUCCAGGCAAAGGGCGAGGAGGGCAAAAAGCAAGCUGUGAUUCAUUACAGAGACAAUGAAACGAUGUAUGUUCAAGCCAAGAAAGACAGAGUCACUGUUAUUUUUAGCACAAUUUUCAAAGAUGACGAUGACAUUGUUAUUGGAAAAGUUUUUAUGCAGGAGUUCAAGGAAGGUCGCAGGAAGUAUCAGCAAGCACCGCAAGUAUUGUUUAGCCACAAGGAACCACCUCAAGAACUUCAGCAGACCGAUGCAGCUGUGGGGGACAAUGUAGGAUAUAUCACAUUUGUACUGUUUCCACGCCACACAAGCAGUACGGCUAAAGACAACACGAUCAACCUUAUUCACACACUACGGGAUUAUCUUCAUUAUCAUAUCAAGUGUUCCAAGGCUUACAUUCAUCAGCGCAUGAGAGCAAAAGCCUCAGAAUUUCUGAAAGUACUGAACAGAGCCAGGCCAGAGGAAAAGAAAGAGAAAAAGACGAUAACGGGUCGGACAUUCCGAAACUGAGGAGAAGCUUAUUGUGUAGAAUAAGAAAACUUGAAAAGUCACAACUGAAUCUAAUUCCAGCCUCCUGUGAUAUAGGAUAGGAGUCUCGGACUUUGCCGUACCAUGUAUUUUAGCAGUCUACAUUCUGUGAACAGUUUCAAUAUACAGAAAACACUGACGAUGCCCAUUGAAUAUUUAUAUAUAUAUCGCAAUAACAGUGUAUUUGAUUACAGUCAGCCAAUAUUACUGGCAACAAGUUGAUUGCACGCAUAGCAUAGUUCUAUACUAGUAUCUAUUAAGUUGGAUAUUUCUUUUCCCCAGUUGCUCAUACAAUAAUGCAGGCAUUGGUAUGAUUAAAAAGAAGUUUACUGUGUGACAGAUGUGGUUUAAGCAAUGACUUGCAGAUAUGAUAUAGCUUUGCUAACUAAAUAGUAAAAAGAAAACAAUUAAAGAUGUGGUUUUUUCAAAAAUAUAUUCUGAAACAAGAAUUUGUUUUUUUUUCCAGCUUUCUGCAACAUCAUUAUAUAAAUUAUUAUUUAAAUAAUGUACAUUGUUCUUCAGUGUAUGGAGUUUGAAAGAUGUGGUCCUUUAUAUAUUUUUUAAUAUUAACAAUAUUCUUGUCAGUACCAAUAUCAAUAUUGUACAUACCAAUACAGGCUUCCAAUAAAUGUAAAUAAACAA